AUGGCUAAAUUACAAAAACAAAUAGUCUCAUACGAAGGUGUAGGAUUAAACUAUAUCUUAUCGGAACUUUAUUCUAAAAUAGUUCCUGUCACCCAAGAUGAAACUACUCUUUAUGCUAAUGAUGGUGUAAAGAA